UCACCUUGCUUGGUUUCUUUCCUACUCUUUGUUUCGAUCACCGCCAUAGCUGUGGCGGGAGGUUCCCUGGACAGUGAUAGAGAAGUCUUAAUGGACCUAAAAGUGUACCUCGAAUCUCACAACCCAACCAACGGAGGAAUGUACAUGGCGUGGAAAGUCGAGGAGGAAGAUGUGUGUCAAUGGCCAGGCAUCACAUGUACGCCGCAUAGAAGUAGAGUCACAGGGAUCCAUCUAAGCGAGUCCCUCAUCGCAGGUGCUCUAUUUGGGAAUUUCUCGGCUCUAACUCAGCUCACAUAUCUCGAUUUAUCGAGAAACACUAUCGAAGGUUCAAUACCAGAUGACCUGAGCCGUUGUCAAAAGCUAAAGCAUCUGAAUCUUUCUCAUAAUAUCAUUGAAGGGGAGCUUAAUUUAAUGGGGCUAUCAAAUCUUGAGGUUCUUGAUCUAUCAAUGAAUAGGUUUGCAGGCAGUAUACACUCUAGGUUUCCGUUGUUCUGCAACAGCUUGGUUGUUGCAAAUCUCUCGACAAACAAAUUAACGGGUAGAAUAGACAACAUCUUCAGUGGAUGCCGGUAUCUUAAGUAUGUUGACUUCAGUACCAAUAGAUUUAGUGGAGAGAUAGGGGCUAGUUUGGGAAAGUUGGUGGAGUUGUCAGUUUCUGAAAAUGUUCUCUCCGGGAAUAUCUCAGCUUCAAUGUUCAUGAGGAACUGCACUCUGCGAGUGUUGGAUUUGUCUGAGAAUGGUUUUGUUGGGGAGUUUCCAGGACAAGUUUCUAACUGUCAGGAUCUGAGUGUAUUGAAUCUAUGGGGAAACAACUUCACCGGGAGCAUACCAGCUGAGAUAGGCUCCAUAUCCUCUCUCACAGGUUUGUACUUGGGGAACAAUAAUUUUUCUCGAGACAUACCGGAAACUCUCCUAAAUUUGAGAAACUUGGUGUUUCUUGAUUUGAGUAGAAAUGGUUUUGGAGGAGAUAUACAAAACAUAUUCGGGCGUUUCACUCAAGUAAAGUAUCUAAUUCUGCAUGGGAACUCAUACGUUGGAGGCAUCUAUUCUUCCAAGAUAUUCAAGUUACAUAAUCUUUUCAGGCUAGAUCUUAGCUUCAACAAGUUUUCUGGCAAUUUACCUGCUGAAAUUUCCCAGAUCAAGAGUUUGAAGAUUUUGAUUCUUGCUUAUAAUAACUUCAGCGGUGGUAUACCACAAGAGUAUGGGAACAUGUUGGGGCUUCAAGUACUUGAUCUCUCCUUGAAUAGGCUGACCGGUUCGAUACCAGCUUCAUUUGGAAAGUUGACAUCUCUCCUGUGGUUAAUGCUUGAGAGUAACUCUCUGUCAGGAGUAAUCCCUCAAGAGAUUGGAAACUGCACAAGCCUUUUGUGGUUUAACGUGGCAAACAACAAGCUCUCCGGCGGAUUGCAUCCUCAAUUGACAAAUAUGGGUAGCAAUGCUUUUCCAACUUUUGAACUGAAUAGGGAGAGCAAUGAUAGCAUAAUUUCUGCAACUGGGGAAUGCUUGGAAUUGACGAGAUGGAUUCCUGUUAAGUUCCCUCCUUUCCUCUUUAUAUACGCAAUCCUAACGAAAAGGAAUUGUAGAAGCCUUUGGCGCCACAUUCUUGAAGGGGAGGGUCUCUUUCCUGGGUGCGCUGCUGGUCUCAUGGCACACACACUUGAAAUACCAGCCUAUCUUCAGCUCAGUGGGAAUAAGAUGUCAGGUGAGAUACCUGCAAGCAUCUCUCAGAUGAAGAGGUUGAGUAUGCUUCAUCUGGGUUUCAAUGAGUUUGAGGGGAGACUGCCUCCAGAGAUCGGGAAGUUGCCGCUUUCUUUCCUCAACCUUACCCAUAAUAAUUUCUCAGGCCAGCUUCCCCAAGAAGUCGGAAAUCUCAAGUGCCUGCGGAAUCUUGAUCUGUCUUGGAAUAACUUCUCAGGAACCUUUACCAAGAGUUUGAAUGACUUGAAUGAGCUAAGUACGUUCAACAUCUCCUACAACCCUCUCAUUUCUGGUGUGAUACCACUGACGGGACAACUUUCAACGUUUGAGAAAACAUCUUUUCUUGGAAAUCCGCUGCUGCAGUUUCCUACUUCCUUCGAUAGAUCAGGGAAUAACACUGGCUCAGAGGAGCUGGAUAAUGGAGGAAAAGGAGAAGACGAACAUGAAGAUACUAUUGACAUGUCCGUCUUCUAUUGGAGUACAUCUUCAACUUAUGUGGCUGCACUAAUAGGCAUUGUUGCACUUAUGUACUUUGAUUGUCCUUUGCAUCGAGCAUGGUUCCGCCUUGUUAAUGCUUUCAUCGCCUCUGCGAAAAGUAUGUUGUCUUAAGA